AUAUCAUUUCACUUUAGAGAUCGUAAUAACAGAGAGCCGUAAAAUAAGUUAUAGUUGAUAUAAAAUAGUUUUUGAAUAAAAAUUGCAAUAGAAUUAUAUGGUACAAUGAAAAACACGUUGUGUAUCAUAGGUGCAUAUAUAAUAAUUUUUGCCCACGUUCAUUCCUUCGUGCUACUGACCGCAAAUUUCGAUGAUGUGAAAAAAUUAGCACAGAAAUUCGUAUCUGAAUCAUUGGCGGAGAAGAUAGCGGAGUUCGUGUCUAAGGCGACUGUGAAUAAAAUAGGUUUGAAGUUAUCGAACGAGGAGGAUAAAUCUAAAAUGCAGGAAAUCCCCACAAAAACAUAUUCUGAAAGUGAGGACGCAGAGUCUGAGACAACUAAAGAGUCGAUAUCAAAAGAGAACAUGAAAUACAAAGCAAAGGCUUUAAAAAACAAGAUACCAGGCCACAAAACUAGAUUCGAAUCAAAAUUGUCGAGAUCCAAUGAGAAAAGAUCGAAGAAAGAUCACCGAAAAAAAAAGGAUAAAAAAAUAAAAAAGACAAAACGCAGUAAAGAAAUAAAUUUGAUAUCAGAGACAAACAAUUUGAAUGUCUUCUCAGACGACAGUUCGGCCAACAACGCAUCGAUAGAAUCAACGGCUGGUUGGUUUGAAGAAGGGAAACUUGGUAAAAACCUGACAUCAGACCAGGAAACCGAGUCGGACUAUGUGUUCCGUUUUAAUAACGUCGAAGGUGUGAACGAGGGCUUAUUUAGAGACACAACGCUAACGACGAGGAGAGACAAGAACGAGUUUGACCAAUACGACAACACUUACUACCCUAAAGCUGUGGGCACAAGUGGUAGCGUGACAUUAAGAUUGCUAGAUUCUAGAAAAAGUAGAUAUCGCAAGGACUGACUGGAGCUAAGAAUUAGAUACUAUUAUUCCCUAUAUAUAUUUAAUUGCAAACAAUAAUAUUGCCAUACAGGAAAAUUAACAAAAAUUAAGGGAGUAACAAAAACUAGAUGUUACAGAUAUAAAGAUGAAUAUAUUUAUAUGAGUGAGUGUUAAAUGGGAACUAGAAGAAGCAGCAAAAACAGUAAUAUGAAAUAUAAAAACAACUUUACAUAAGUGUCACAUAGCAAUACAUAAAUAUAUAUACCUGACUCCCUAUACUGACUUGGUUUUUUUAUAACAUUCAAUAAAAUUGGUAAAGACAAAUAACCGUUUAA